AUGGAAGUUGAGAAAAAGAGAUCAUGGUCUUCGCGCCUCUCUUUCCUUCGCACCAAACGGGCAAUCUUUGCCUUGACCUCCUUGGUAAUCGUCUCGGUUGUAUUGAUCGCUCUCGGCGCGACUCAUGUCCUUCGACCUGACCCUGGACCUGAUCCUAAAUCCGAUGACAACAGUAGCCUUGGUGAUGAUCAGAAACUGAAUGGCACUAACACGACAGCCGAUGGAAUCAUGACGGCAGCAGGAAACUGGAAGCCGGAGAACUCGAGCAGCAUAGCUCAAGGCACACCACUCCGCAUCAUGUCGCUUGGCGCCUCACUAGUUCGAGGUGAAUUUUCAACCGAUAGCAACGGGUUUCGCAAGACAAUGCGCGAUCAAUUGGUUGAACUUGGUGUUCCCGUCAACAUGGUAGGGUCCCAGAGAUUCGGCGACAUGCUCGACAACGAUCUCGAGGCAUAUGGCGGCAAUCGAGUCAGCCAGAUCUAUGAGCAUGCUACCCAUAUUGUGCCUCAGCUACAGCCGAACCUGUUUCUGAUCCAGGUGGGAUCAAAUAACGCUCUUCAAGAUCUGGAUGUCAAUAAGACGGGUGCAGAUAUGGAGAACUUCAUCGACUACUUGUUAAUGACCUCGCCGCGAUCUACUGUGUUGUUUAGCACAUGUCUGACCAACACGGUUCCAAAUUGCGAACCCAAGAUUCUAGAUAUCAAUCAGCAAUACCGCGAGCUCAUCAAAAAAUACCAAUCGAAACCAGUGCUGUUAGCCGAGAUGCACUACAGCGAAGGGUUCCCCGACAGGCCGUUGCCUUCGGAUAUUGGGCCGGACGGUACGCAUCCCUAUGAUUACGGGUAUGGUUUGAUGGGAUCCAUCUUCACCAAAGGUAUCCAAGAAGCAGAUAGAAAGGGGUAUCUCCGAUGGCCGGUGGAAAAUGGAUUGGAGAAGGACGGAGAUGCUGGGCGAGCUGGAGCGACUACGACCACAGAGGAACUGCCGCCAUCGACUUCAACUAGCACGACGAAUCCUUCGACAGCCACAUCGUAA